AUGCCUCCUCCCCCUCCUCCCCCGCCGCCGCCGCCUCCGGGAGGGUUGGGCGGACCUCCCCCGCCGCCCCCUCCAGGAAGUUUGCCAGGAAGACCUGGAAAAGGACAGGUGAAAGAUCGGGGCGCACUUCUUUCUGAUAUCCACAAAGGCGCCAAACUCAAGAAAGCAGUCACCAACGAUCGAUCAGCACCUGUAGUAGGAAAGUCAGGGGGUGUUUCAUCAGCUCCUCCCAUUGGAAGUGCACCGCCUGUGCCUGGUGCUAGGCCGCCCCCAAGUGGCCUUGCGCCACCUGUGCCCUCUGGACCAGCUGCAAAUCGUUUACGAAGCAACAGCGAAGGUGUUUCUGGCUCAGAUAAUGCGGGUGGUGGUCCAGCGGCGCAGUUAGGUGGCAUGUUUGCGGGUGGAAUGCCAAAGUUGCGCAGUCGUGGUGGUGUUGAUACAGGUGCAGGUCGAGACUCGCCAUACAUGUCCGACGGCGAAGCACGCCGACCACCUGCUGCAUCAGCUCCAAAGCCUCCUACAGCGCCUAGACCACCUGGUGCUAGGCCGCCUCCGCUUCCCCCAACAACAGACUCGCCGCCCGCUCCGCCAAUCAACCCUUUGGUGGCUGGGUUAAAGAAGCCUCCUCCCAAACCUGCCUCAAGACCUUCUUCUACGGUUUCCAAGGCUCCAGAUGCACCUCCACCCCGUGCACCUCCUCCACCUCCAGCACCAGGAAAAGCUCCACCCCCACCAGCAUCGCGAAAGCCAUCUGGUCCCCCGCCACCUCCAUUAGCAGCCCCUUCUAGCCGAGCACCCCCUCCCCCUCCAACACCUUCACGAUCAACACCUCCCCCACCACCAGCUCCUUCUGGAGCACCUUCGGUUGCUGCUCAGGCUGCUCGCUCCGCGCUGGGACAGCACAGCUCAUCGCCUGCGGCACCUCCUCCACCCCCUCCGUCAGCUGCUCCGGGUGCUCCUCCGCCUCCACCCCCAACUUCACCACCAGUAGCGCCAUACAACGAACCACCAUCUCGACAUGCUUCUCACGAACCCUUCGCGGCGCUGGAUCCCAGUGCUUACACACUGAGCAAUGGUGGACCGCCUACACCAAGCUCUCGGAGCCCUUCGACAAAUGGCCCUGUCCGAAUAGAAGACACUCGGUUCAAGUUCCAAGGCGAUGGCUUACUCCCCAAACCCCGGCAAUUCAUCGGUGGAGACCGCCGUUACCGCGCAGGCAGGGGCAGCAGUGUGCCAUUGGACUUGAGUGCUUUGCGCGGGUGA